AUGUAUACUAUCCGUGUGGUGAAGGCCUUCAGGGACAGUGUGUCUCCCUAUGAAGGUCUGGAGACACCUGAAUCUCGCAGUUCCAUUCACAACUUCAUGAAUCAUCCCGAGUUCCGUAUUGAAGACUCAGAACCUCAGAUCCCCCUCAUCGAUGAAAAUGAGAGUGAAGAUGAUCCCCCUACCAAACGAAACUCUAUUUUCAUCCCACCGCCACUUACUGGAUUGUCCAGCCAGCCGCCUCUCCCCUUCACCUCCAACGAGAACAACAACGCCUUGGACCGUGUCAUCCCGUUACAUAAGGACAUCUCCAGGUCUGCACUGGUCCCUCCCAACUCAGCAGGACUACCACCCUGUCCAGGAAGCCCCUUGCACAGUCUGGAAACCUCACUCUGAAGCCCCUCUCUCCUACCUGAACACUUCCUGUUACUAAAGUAUGUUCGUACUGUGUUUUUUAUGGUCAGAAUUCUGGUUCUUCUGGGAGCCAUGGAAGGGAAAAAAUUAAAAAGAGACUCACCAAAUUGUUCCAACCAAGAGUUCAUCUGCAGAAAUGUUUCCAGAUGUGCUUUUGUUCUGUGACAGCGACUCACACAGACUGUUUCCUUUUUUAAUAGAAAUGAACUUCUUGUUACUUAGGAGAAUGUUGUUUGUGCAGGGAACAAUGAGUAAUCAGUUCUGAUUGUGUACAUAUUCUGUUAAUGUAGUUUUAAAUGUGGGAUUACAGUUUUUCAGCAGACCAGCUGAUGGGAGCCGGUAGUGAUGGUUCAUGUUAGUUUUUUGUUAAGGAUCUGUCACUGAAAUGUUUAGUAUUUUGUGUUGUAGAGAGAACGUUUUGAGGGAGGUGUUUAAUGUUGAAUUUUAUUUUAGUGUGGUUUUAGAUUGAAAAAGUUACAAAAAAGUUAUUAAAAGUUUCAAAAAAUAGACUUUGAGAGCUGGAUAACUUUGGUAAAGCAUUACGUCAGACAAAAGAAGAGCUGUAGCAGUUAUCAAAAGUCUUUUCAAAAAUUUUCACAAUGAAUUCACUGGAUUAUAGAGCCUUCCAGUCUCAGGCUUUACUUCACACACAUUUCCUAAGAUAU